UGCUCCCUCCUGACCGGCUGUGCAGCCGCCGCCUGCCCGGCCAGGAUGUGGGGGGACUUUGACGGCAGGAGCGUCCGCUGAAAGGGGGACCGAGUGGACGGAGGGGGCGUCCCCGGAGCCAGCCAUGGGCGGGCGAGCGCUGGUGGGCGCGCUCAGCCUGUGCCUCAGCCUCUGCUCCCUGGCGCUGCUGGUCACAGCCAUUUUCACCGACCACUGGUACGAGACCGACCCCCGGCGCCACCGGGAGAGCUGCGAGCACCGCGCCGGCAGCGCCCACCCGCCCGAGCAACGCCGUCGCCUCCUGCCCCUGCCGCACUUGCCCUUGCGAAGCGCCAAGCAGCGGCUCCCGCGAGGCGGCGGCGGCGCCUGGGAAGCGGUGGCGGCAGCGGCGGAGCCUCCCCCGGGCGACCUGCUUCUGCUGGACAACUGGCCGGCCCUCCUGGGGCUCGGGGUGCUGCAGUCCCGAUGCGGCCGUCCGCUCUUCGCCACUUACGCCGGGCUCUGGAGGAAAUGCUACUUGCUGGGCGUCGACAGGGACCUCGACAGUCUGGUGGAGCGAGGUAUUGCUCAAAGAUGUACAACAAUCAAGUACCACUUCUCUGUGCCAAUACGUUUACAGAACAUCCCAUUCAAUUUAACCAAGACCAUUCAGCAGGAUGAAUGGCAUCUGCUACAUCUAAGAAGAAUCACAGCAGGUUUCCUUGGGAUGGCAGCAGCUGUUCUUCUGUGUGGGUGUAUUGUAACAACAGUCAGUUUCUUUUGGGAAGAGAGUCUCACACAGCACGUUGCUGGGCUUCUUUUCCUCAUGUCAGGUACCAUUUCAUCUCUGCCUGCUAACAUUGUUGAGGCAUCUUUUGCACUAUUUCCCUCUGUACUUAUGCAGCAAGUGUCUCCUAUGAACUAAACCGGCUACCCAAAUUCAUCUAUGGUUUUCCCAACGAUGUUGAACAUGGAUACAGCUGGUCUAUAUUCUGUGCUUGGUGCAGUUUAGGACUUAUAGUAGCAUCGGGAUGUCUUUGCACCACUUAUCCAUUCAUUAGCAGGAAAAAAAUUAGCCAUCUAAAGUCAACCAGAGACUCUUCUGUAUGAGUGCUUAUUGAGAGAUAAUCUUUUCUUGAGCGGUGGCAAGUUAAGAGUAGGAUUGACAAGGGAGCUAAAUUCACAACUCCAAGCACAAAAGCCUGACCCUUAAAAUGCCAAACAUUGUGUCUUACUAGUCAGGAAACAAAGAGGAGUUCUCUACCUUCAGGUUGGCUGAAACAAACAUUCAGACAACAAAAGUUCUUGUGGAACUGACAAUUCAGCACAUUGUAUAUGCACACAUCAUAAAUGAGAGGGAGCGGCUCCCACUCAGACAAGAAAACUGUGUUAAGAAUUUAGGGCUGUUUUUAUUAAUAAUUGUUAUUAACAUAAUAAUGACAAACCACAACUGCCAAACACCCAGUGGUAAAAAAUACCCCCUUAUGGUCCUUAAUCAAUCUUAAACUUGAAUUUAGACUAUUAAAACAAUGAAAUAAGUCUUCAGUUCUCUUCAAGGUAUCAUUAGUCAUUACCAAGUGGUAGCAUGUAGGAGCCUUUCUUGAAGAAUUCUGAUAUCAUGAACGAUUGGGAGGGCAGUGGACAUUCGAAACAAUAUAGGCGAAGGAGCUGGAGGAAUAGGACUUCCAGAAGAGGGUGAAACCUAAGAGCAAGCCAUUUGAAUUUUACCAGCCGGUCCCUUUGGUGCAAGUUAAAAAAAAAAAAGACUGUUCUGUGAUAGCAACAUUCCUGCUCGUAACAUAUCUCCUUGAAAUACUUUUUGUAUUUCACAUUAAACCAAAUGGCAUAUGUAAACAGUGUGAAUGAAUGGGAUGAUGCUUGUUAGUACUGUUGGGAAUAAUACCUAUUGUAACAUCCUCAGCCUUUGUCUAAAAAAGUUCAGCAUUAAAAGUCUCUUUUCUGUU